AUGGCGGACGCCGUGGAGGCGCUUCCUCCUCCUCCCCCGGAGAGCGGCGCCGAGUCCGGGAGGUCGUCGCCGUCCCCGACCGCGUCGCCGGAGUUCGAGUUCUGGAUGGUGGGCAGGAACCCUUCCGCGUUCCCGGCCCCGGCCCUGCUCACCGCCGACGAGCUCUUCUCCGGCGGCGUCGUGCUCCCGCUCCACAACCUCCAGGCGGCGGCCCCCGACGGCGACGCCGCCCCUGAAGGCGACGCCGAGGGCGCCGCCAAGGACGCGGACUCCGCGGCGCUCCCGCUGCCAGAAGCGGAAGGCGAGGUCGCCGCGCAGCCGCUCGCGGAGUCCGGCAUCGCGCCGACGCCUGACCUCCCCGCGGUCACGUUCAAGUGGAAGGACAUCUUCAAGGCGGCCGGCGGCGAGGCCAAGGACCGCAAGAAGGUGGAGCGCCGCGUCAGCAGCGUCAGCGGGAACGCCGAGCUGAUCAACAUCAACAUCUGGCCCUUCUCCAGGAGCCGCUCCGCCGGCCACUCCGCGGGCGGCGGCGCAGCGACGGGCUCCUUGAGCAGGGCCAAGCCAGCGAAUCCGAAUCCCAACGCCAGCGCCGGCUCCAGCGGGAGCGCCAACACCAAUGCCGGUGCGAAUGCCAGCGCCGCGAGCGCGCCGCCGGCCCCGCGCAAGGUGAGCAGCGCCCCGUGCUCCCGUAGCAACUCUCGCGGAGAGUCCUCCGGACCUGCGCCGGCCAUUCCCGCCGCCGCUGCGGUUGCAGUUGCCGCCGCCGCCGCCGCCGCGGCAGCAGCACCACCGGCAGCAGAAGAAGAUGCGACGGCCGCCCAGGCGGUGCCGUUGCCCACUCCUAUCACCACCAGCAGCAGCAGCGCCUCAUCCAUGUUGAGGAGGCUGGUGCCCGGACAGGGCCGGAACAACAACAGCAACACCUCCGGCGGCACUGGCAUCCGCGUCGGGCGCCCCAGCCCCGUGUGGCAGCUGCGGCGCAACAAGCUGCAGCAGACCGCCGCCGAGCAGAAGCAUGCCAGCGCCAAGAAGAAGGCCACGCCCGCCCCAACACCCACAGCAGCCACCGAAGCAGCCGGCGACGACAAGGCGGCGCCGAGCGUGGCCGCGCCCGCGGCCGGGUGCCGGAACAACGCGGGUUGCUCGGAGGGCGCUGCCGAGGAAGGGAACCCGCCGCAGGGGCUCUUCGGGCUCCGCACCUUCUUCUCCAAGAAGGUGUACUGAUCCACCGGCAGAGCAGACCACGGGCGAGGCGUUGUACAUACAAAUUCGAGCUCUAGGCUCGUUCUUCCACAUCUUUACCUUACGUCCCUCUUCCUUUUCUUUUGCUUUUUCUCCGUCCUCUCCUCUAAUUCAACUGCUAGUAGCUUCUUCAGCUCGUUCUCGUUACUGUACUGCAACCUCUGCUAAGCUCUUAGUGCUCACCUCAAGCAGCAAAGCUAUGCAUCUGAUCGACCAUGAAUCAAGCACCCAUGUACGAGUAAACGGUAACACGCCUCAUCCAUGCCACUGGUGUGCAA